AGUGAAGGAGGGGCAAGGUGGGUGGAUUCGGGGAGGCUGGAGAAGGGGAGUGGAGUGGCAGGGACCCUGGCGUUUUCCGGCUGAAGGCACCGGAGUGGCAACACUGCGAUUUCUUCCAGCAGUGUCCUGCGAGGACCUAUGCCAAGGAUUGUACUUUUUACACCUGGAUGAGAAAUGUCAGCAAGAGUUCCUGAGACAGAAAUUCAGAGAAGAUCAACAAGAAGAAUGUCUGUGUCUCCAGAAAAUGAACACCAGGUUCUGUUGACAUUCAGGGAUUUAGAUGUCGACUUCUCCCAGGAGGAAUGGGAAUGUCUGGAUCCUGCUGGCAGGGCUUUCUACAUUGAUGUAAUGCUUGAGAAUUACAGAAAUCUAGUCUUUGUAGAGAAACACCGCAUAUGUGGUAAAUAUAAGAACGUCUUGGAUCAAGGCUCAACAUAUGUUGUCUAUCAGCAUGUGAAGAUCCAGAAGUCAUAUAGUUAUGAUGUGCUUGGCAAACUGCUUUGUGAAUCCUCACAGUGUACACCUUAUAGCACAAGUGACACUGCAGGAAACUGCAACAAGUAUGAACGUGGUAAUCAUAGGGAUGACUCUAUUAAAUUAUCAACCCUAAACAGUCACAAAAGUGGGAAUGCUGUAGAAGAACAUUGCAAAUAUGAAGACUGUGGGAAAUGUUUAAAUUUGUCAUCUAUCAUUACACAAAAUGAAAGAAUGCACACUGGAAAGAAAGAACAUAAAAAUACAGCAUACAAUAAAGUAAUUGACUAUAAAAAUAAACUCGUGCUGAAAAGAAUUUAUAGUGGGAAGAAACCACACCAAUGUAGGAAAUGUGGAAAAUGUUUCCAGGCCUACUUGAGCUUCAGGAUCCAUCAGAUAAAUCAUUAUAGAGAGAAACCAUACAAAUAUAAAGCAAGUGGUAAGUUUUUCAAUCAGUUGUAUCAAGUUAAAGACCAUUAUAUAACUCUUCCUAGAAAGAGACAUUACAAAUGUAGUGAUUGUAAGAAAUCCUUUACUGGAGGCUCAUGUUUUAAAAAUCAUCAAAGAAUUAAUAUAGAAAAGAAACUUUAUAAAUGCAGAGAAUGUGACAAAUGCUUUAGCCAGCAGACACACCUAAGAAGCCAUCAGAGAAUUCAUAUAGGAGAGAACCCUUACAAAUGUGGGGAAUGUGAGAAAUCUUUUACAUGUGGCUCACAUCUUAGAAGACAUCAGAGAAUUCACACAGGAGAGAAACCUUACAAAUGUGGUGAAUGUGAGAAAUCCUUUGCAUGUAGCUCCAGUCUUGGAACACAUCAGAAAACUCAUUCUGGACAGAAACCUUACAAAUGUAGUGAAUGUAAGAAAUCCUUUACAUGUAGCUCAAAUCUUAGAAAUCAUCAGAGAAUUCAUAUGGGAGAAAAACCUUACAUGUGUGGUGAAUGUGAGAAAUCUUUCACAUUUAGCUCAAAUCUUAAAAGACAUCAGAGAAUUCAUACAGGAGAGAAACCUUACAAAUGUAGUGAAUGUGAGAAGUCUUUUACACGUAGCUCAAGUCUUGGAACACAUAAGAAAACCCAUACUGGACAGAAACCUUACAAAUGUAGUGAAUGUGAGAAAUCCUUUAAAUAUAGAUCAAACCUUAAAAAUCAUCAGAAAAUUCAUACAGGAGAAAAACCUUACACAUGUAGGGAAUGUGAGAAAUCCUUUACACGUGCUUUAAACCUUAGAAUACAUCAGCGAAUUCAUACAGGAGAGAAACCUUACAAAUGUAGAGAAUGUGAGAAAUCCUUUGCCUGUGGCUCAACUCUUAAGAAACAUCAACGAAUUCAUACAGGAGAGAAACCUAACAAAUGUAGUGAAUGUGAGAGAUCCUUUACAUGUAGCUCAAAUCUUAGAACACAUCAGCGAAUUCAUACAGGACAGAAACCUUACAAAUGUAGUGAAUGUGAGAAAUCCUUUAAAUAUAGAUCAAAUCUUAGAGAUCAUCAGAAAAUUCAUACAGGAGAAAAACCUUACACAUGUAGGGAAUGUGAGAAAUCCUUUACACGUGCUUUAAAUCUUAGAAUACAUCAGCGAAUUCAUACAGGAGAGAAACCUUACAAAUGUAAGGAAUGUGAGAAAUCCUUUGCCUGUGGCCCAACUCUAAAGAAACAUCAGCAAAUUCAUACAGGAGAGAAACCUAACAAAAGUAGUGAAUGUGAGAGGUCUUUCACAUGUAGCUUACAUCUUAAAAACAUCUGUGAAUCCAUACAUGUGUGAAACCUUGUAGAAAACAUUGCUAAUGCUUUACCCAGGAGACACACCUAAGAAUUCAUCAAAUACUUCAUACUGAGGAGAAAAGUUUUUGUUGUAAAUGCUGCUGCUUAUGUUUUAUCCAAGCUCUAUUACUAGCUCCUCACUAGAAAGUCACAAACAUGAGAAACCUGAGAAAACCUUAAUGUAAUCUUCAAAUCUUAGAAAAUAGCAAGAGUUUGCAUUGUGGAAAAUUUCUGAGUAUGACAAUGCAGGACAAAAAGCUCAUUAAAAGAUUAUAAUUUUAAGACUCAAAUAUGGCAUACUUAAUGCAAAAUGGGGGAAAACUGAGGAAUGUUGUUUAACAGUUUUUUUUGAAGAUUGCAACAUUUCAGUCUGAAUGGAAGGUGAUUACACAGGAAAUAAACACCCCUUUAUGUCUUCAGGAAGUCCCUGAAACUGACAGAAUUUUUUUUUGUGUUUAACUCCUUUGAAGAAACUCAGACCAGUCAUGAUGCUUAGAAGAGGUUCUGAUGAACUGAGAUACUAAGAAAUGAUGCCCUGCAACCUGCAGAUAGACCUAUAGGUCUGUGGUGUGGUUGGGGUGUUCUGUGCUCAUAACCUCUAUCCCAUGUCAGGUUGGAGUUUCAUGAUGGCAACUACCUGAGUUCUUUUUACUACUGUAAUCAACUCCUUCCCCAUAUUCCUGUAAGUAACCUGAAUAAAACUCAUUCAU